GAUGAAGCAUCUAGAAUUCAAAACUAUAGAUGUGUUGAUGUUCUUUCUUUAUUUGUUAUUGCUUAUAAUAAAGCACCAUAUGAAGCACAUCAAAAAUCACCUUAUGAAGCAUUCUUUGAAUUUAAAAUGUGUGAAGUUUAUAAUACACCUGGAAAAACAAUAGCUAUUCAAGAUAUUAACAACAACCAAGCUACCUAUGUGGUCCAUACAAUACAAGUUAAAUAUGUCCAUAAAGAAAUUGAACAAAAUGCAGCAAAUUAUACAAAUAAAAUGGUGAUUCAUGGAAAUAAGGUUACAAUUGCUUAUGACUAUGAUAAUAACUAA